GGCUGCCCCCCCCCUUUCAGGCCCGGUGCUGCCUGGUCCCGCGGGCCGCUCGGUCCUGGCUCCAGGCUGGGACAGUGGGGCUGCCAUCGCCAAGGAAGCUAACAACGACCCAGAUUUCCACCGGAUCCAGCGGACAUCAAGGACAGCGGAAGCCCGGACACCUGCGCUCACAGGGCCUCUUCCCUUCAGGCCCUGCCUACUACAAGGGAUGGGUCUUCCAUCCAGGUUCAGGAAGGAGGGGUGGAGUCCUGCAUCUGACUUCCAGCUCUAUCCAUGGUGGUGCCCUCGGAGGCCGGGAAAGACCGACAGUAGUGGGAGAUCAGCGGGCUGCCUCAGCUAGGCGCAUCACUACCGACCCUGUUGACAGCUCUCCCGAUUUUGCCAGAUUGUGCGUGGACGUGGGGGGGUCCAGAAAAGGGGACCCCCCCUUUCUCCUGGACAUUGGAGCUAUGACCCUCUGGGGGUAACUCAGGAGAGAAACAAUGCAAGCCUAUGGUCCUCCAAAUGAGGGUCCCCUCCAAGGCCUGGUUGCUUCCCGAAUUGAGACUUAUGGGGGCCGUCAUCCGACCUCUGCCCACAGCACUGCUGGGAAUAUAUAUCCCAGAGGAGGUCCUGGAUUGGACCCUAGUCGCAGUCGCCUACAACGCUAUGUCCCCUUCGCCAAGGGCUCUGGCCACACCCGAGGCCUGUCUCCUCUGAUACUUCCAGAACCAGAGCCAGAGAAGAGGCAUGGAAACCAUUUUGCGGUUGGCCCACCUCACUUCCCCAGAUUCAAGGAAGUCACCAGGGCUCAUGAGCUAGAAAUAAGGCUGCACACAUUCAGUAUGUUCGGGAUGCCCCGCCUGCCCCCGGAGGACCGGAGAUACUGGGAGAUAGGAGAGGGAGGUGACAGUGCCAUGACCAUGGAAAAGUCCUGGAAGGAGCUGGUGCUGGGACACAAGGAGAUGAACCGAGAGCUUAGCCAUCAGCAGGAAGCACUGUGGGAGCUCCUGACCACUGAGCAGAUCUACUUGAGAAAGCUCAAGAUCAUGACUGAUCUCCUGGCAGCUGGCCUGCUGAAUUUGCAGCGGGUAGGACUACUGAUUGAUGUGUCAGCUGAGACUCUGUUUGGAAAUGUCCCCAACCUGAUUAGAGCCCACCGGAGAUUUUGGGAGGAGGUGCUGCAGCCCGUCUUGGAGGACACUCGCACUUCUGGCCAACCUUUGGACCCUGUCAGCUUACAAAAUGGCUUCCUGACAUUUGGCCAGCGGUUCCAGCCUUAUGUCCAGUACUGCCUUCGAGUAAAGCAGACCAUGGCUUAUGCCCGGGAGCAGCAAGACAAGAACCCACUGUUCCACACCUUCGUGCAGUGGUGUGAGAAACACAAGCGCUCCAGAAGACAGACGCUGGGUGACUUGCUUAUCAAGCCCCACCAGCGAAUCACCAAAUACCCACUGCUGCUGCAAGCUGUGCUCAAGAGAAGCCCCGAGCCCCGAGCCCAAGAGGCCCUGAAUGCCAUGAUCGAGGCUGUGGAGUCCUUCCUGCGACACAUAAAUGGGCGGGUCCGCCAGGGUGAAGAGCAGGAGAGUUUAAUGGCUGUGGCCCAGCGCAUAGGACCCUAUGAGGUGCUAGAGCCCUCCAGCGAGGAGGUGGAGAAGAGCCUGCGUCCUUUCUCCACUCUGGAUCUCAUGACUCCUAUACUAGGGGUUGCCCCUGAGUGUACCAGGCAGCUGCUGCUGGAAGGACCUGUACGAAUGAAGGAAGGGCGAGAAGGGAAGAUGGAUGUGCACCUGUUCCUCUUCUCUGACGUGCUCCUGGUAACCAAACCUCAACGCAAAGCAGACAAAGCCAAGGUCAUCCGUCCUCCCCUCAUGCUGGAGAAACUCGUGUGCCGACCACUGCGGGACCCCAACAGCUUCCUGCUCAUCCACCUCACAGAAUUCCAGUGUGUUUCCAGUGCCUUCACUGUGCACUGUCCCAGUCCAACGGAGCGUGCACGGUGGCUGGAGAAGACCCAGCAGGCUCAGGAGGGGAACAGGACGAGAUCAAGGUCAUACAAACAUCUAGAGCUCAGUUGGAACCAUGCUCUCUUACCCUCCCAUUGCCAUCAAACCAUUCUGCAGAAGCUGAAGGGCGAGGAGUAUGUUCAACAGAAGAGGGAGCUGCUGGCCCUCUAUCGCAACCAGGGCAGGGAGUCCCCCAGCACCAGGCCCUCCACGCCUUCCCCUUCCCCGGAGGACCCUCCGAGCAGUGCUGAGGGGAGGACUUCGGAGUUCACCUUAAUCCCCCGCCUGCUGGUAACUGAAGACACAGACGAAGACACGCCCUCCGUGCCCGAUGACACCUCAGACUCCGGCUAUGGCACCUUGAUUCCAAGCUCCCCGAAAGAUUCUCAUUCCCCCCAGAACAGGCUUCGGGCCAAGGCUCUUCGUAGGGACCCUCGCCUCACCUUCUCCACCCUGGAACUCAGAGAUGUUCCCUUGCGCCCCCAGCCUCCUGACCCCCAAGCUCCCCAGCGACGAAGUGCACCAGAGUUGCCAGAAGGGAUCCUAAGAGGAGGCAGUCUACCCAGGAGAGCCCCGCCAACCUGGUCCGAGGAGGAAGAUGAGACUUUGACACCAGGAAAUGUGGUGGUCGAAACCCUACACAGGGCACAACGUCGGAGUCCGCUCCCCCACUCUCCCACCCAUACUGACUCUGCUGGGGAAAGCCCCUGGGUGUCCUCAGACGAAGAUGAGGGGCCUCUAUCCCCUGGACUCCGCCCCCGCUCCCUGGGAGCCGAGGAAAUGCUCAGGGAGAUUAGGGAGGAGCUGGCUUGCCAAAGGAUCGACGGAGCCUCGGAACCAGAACCCGGCAAUGGCAAGCCCCGGAGGCUGACUCGAGCCCAGCUACAAAGAAUGAGGGGCCCCCACAUCGUAAAGCUGGACACGACUCUGUCUACAUCAGAAGUAUGAGGAAUGCUGAAGCCCUUUGAUACAUCUCCUAGUGGAAUUGUCUCCCCAAGAGUGCUGGUCACCACCCCACCCCCACCCCCCAGACUCUACCUCAAGGAUCCACCUCAAACUAAGCCUGCCUGAUCCAAGCAUCACCUCUGAGGACUCUUGGAGGUCAAGAACUGAACAUUUUGUCUCACAGACAACCCCCCGAGCCCUACAUAAAAGUGUCCAGAAA